UUUGAAGUUCAGUUAAGAAAGAGUUGUAGAGGACAAUUAGAUGGAUACAGCUAAACUGGCCGACUACAGCGAGGCCAAGUCGCAUCUUGAGCAGCUACAGCAGACGCUGACGAACCUGGAUCAUCAUCACCAUCCUCACUCCCACUCGCAUCCACAUCACCAUGGGCUGUACCACACGGUGCCAAAUACAUCGACUAUAACCACGGAUUCGGUGGUUUCCUGUGUCACCUCGACAUUGCCGGCUGUCGGCAAGGCCACAUCCUCGUCCUCCUCGGCCUCCAGUUGCGAGAACUCUGAAACGGAACGCAAGAAAUGCCACAGUCACACUCACAGCGACAUGGACGUGAGUCACACUCUUAUGGAAGCCAUCUGCACUCUUCCCUUGCCCACGCAUGGCCAAAGGUCGCCGCCCUGCUGCCUGGCGAUGGCCGGAAAUGGGACUCCACCUGCUGGAGCUCUAAUGAAUGGCCUGGCCAGCAACGUCAGCGGAAGCGCCACAUCCUUAUGCAAUGAUCUCGUGCGCGAAUCGUCCUGGUAUGCGCACCACCACCAUCACCAUCACCACCACCAGUUGACGGACGAGCUGGUCAUGUACACUGCACCAGCGCCGACGGCGGCAGCGGCAGCCGCCAUUGGCAAAUUCGGCCUGGACACUUCCACAGAGGGUUACUUGAACGCAAGGUACAAUGUGAAUGUCAAAGGCGUGCGCCAUGAAAGAACAUCAAGUUUCUUCGACAUACCCGCUGUGACCCACCCGCACUCGCACCCACACCCGCACCCGCACUCUCAUCCGCAUCCACACGCCCAUGCCCAUCCACAUCCCUAUUGCUACAGGUUUCCACCAUCGCCACCUGCGGGCAUCUUAAAGAAGAGCGACGAAGACGCAGCCGCCGCUGCCGCUGCCGCCGCCGCUGCGGCAGCUGCCGUAUAUUGCAACGAUGUAUCUGUUGGUCAGCACUUUCAUCAGCACAACACCAAGAUCGAGCAUGCCGACUCCACAACGACAGCCGCUGCUGCACAGCACCAUCAUCAGCAGCAGCAGCAACAACAACAGCAGCAACAACAGCAACAACAACAGCAACAGCAGCAGCAACAACAACAGCAACAGCAGCAACAACAUCAGGAUUCACUGCAUCCACACAGCCAGAGUCAUCAACAGACGCAGAAUACACAACAGCAGGGACACGCACACCUGACCCCGGUGCAUGCUGCCUCCGCCUUCAAAUUUAGCCACACGGCGGUCAUAUCCAGCUCUGCUGUCUACGCAGCAGCACCACACUAUACCCACCAGCAGCAGCCGCAGAGCCACUCGCAUGCCACAGUGUAUCGCGAUAUUUCACCCAGCUUAGCCAGCGAGACGGAUCUUAAGUACGAGAGUGGUCCGUAUAAUGCGACUAUAUCAUCAACUUAUCCGCCACCGUUGCGCCCCGCUGUGGUUGACUCCACGACUUCGAGCGAUGCGGAGCUGCGUCUAGAUCAGUUUUAUGCCAGCAAUUCCAUAUCCACCAGCAGCAACGGGCAGACCAUUAGCCAGCGUCGUGGCUCGCUUCAACUAUGGCAGUUUCUAGUAGCCCUUCUGGAUGAGCCCGCGACUAGCUCUAGUUGUAUUGCGUGGACAGGACGUGGCAUGGAGUUUAAGCUCAUCGAGCCGGAGGAGGUGGCACGGCGCUGGGGCAUACAAAAGAAUAGGCCGGCUAUGAACUAUGACAAAUUGUCGCGAAGCCUGCGCUACUACUAUGAGAAAGGCAUCAUGCAGAAGGUCAAUGGUGAGCGGUAUGUCUAUCGCUUCGUCUGUGAUCCCGAUGCGCUCUUCAACAUGGCCUAUGGCCACCUCACAAGCAAGCAGGCUGAUCAGCAGCAUCAGCUGGCCUUGUCGCUGGCCAAAUCGUCGCCGGAGUCGCAUUCGCAUUCGCAACCACUUCGCGUGCAAAAAUCGACGGCUGUGGAUUACUAUGACAGUGGCUUGCAUAAGUAUCAGUAGGUGGAGUGUGGGAACACCAUUGUGUGGGUGUAGCCAUAUCUCAUGUACAUUAUGUAAUUUAUUUUCGUGUCGGUGUGGGUAUAUAUAUGUAUGUGUGUGGGAGGAACACGCUGCUUUAAAGUACAACUCGGUUUGGCUAAUGAAUUAUACAAAGUUUGUAACGGUGCAAUUAAAUAAAAAGCUAGUGUUGGCAAGCAAGUGCUGUUCAGAGAUGUGACAAUCGUUAGACCACCACAAACAAUCGACACCUAUCGAUCACAGCCAACUAGCAGUUAGCUUGUAAUUUAAAAGACAUACGGUGAGGCAAGUCAUUUUUAUUGUGUUAUAUUUGGUUAUUAGAUGGCUAGCGUUAGAUGUAUAGCUCAUCUAAGCGAGGCCUUAUCAGCAGUAUAUACA